GAUCAGCGUCGCCCUCUGAACAAGGAAACGAAGCAGCGCGUCCGUUGGCGAAGCUUGGCGCAUCGGAUCCGCUUACUGAUCUGGAAAAUCCGUUCUGUCCUCUGCAUUUUGAGAUUUUGAGACCGGCAGGUCAGCUGGACGAUGGAUGCCACCAGUGGAUUGGGCCCUCGCCCACUGAAGUGUAAGGCUCCUGUGGCUACCUCCAAUGUGUGUACUCACUGGGGGGAGAGUCGCAAGCUGAGAUGUCCUCCCCCCGGACACCCUGCUCGCGCUUCCUGCCCUCGAGGGUGAGGGACGACACACAGGGCACACACAGGCACACACAAGCCUCUUUCCCGUCUUCUUCUUUUGCAGCUUUGUUGGCGAAGUGACCGAGAGGGAGUGUGUGGAGGUCGUGGUUGAUGAGGGUGGGGAGGGUUGGGAGGUGUUUCGGGUCAAGCAGCAGUAUCGGCCGCUUGAGGGCGACUCUGUGUUGGGGCGGGGAGCCUUUGGCACUGUCGCGUGAGUCGAGCAAAACAGUUAGCCGGCCACAGAUGUGGGUCAAAUUGUCAUUCCCCUUUGUGCUUGCAGGCCUUUCUAUGACACUCUCAACGACCGUCCUGUGGCCAUCAAGAAGCUGCACAAUCCAUGCCUUGGAUCCCUCAGCGCUUUGCUGUCGGCAGUGCGGGAAAUCAGAUGCCUCCAACAGCUUCAGGCCUCAAAGUAAGGAUUGAGGAGCCACGCGACUGACCAUUUCUGCUUUCCAUUGUCGUGUGUUCAGGUGUGGGUCGAUUCUUCGUCUGUUGGACGUGUUCGUUACAAGGGCAGAGCGCCGCAAUGAUGACUGGGGUGAUGGUUGUGAUCUUGCGUGGCGAGCGAUGGAGCACCCACUCGACGACAGAGACAUGUACAGGCAGAGACACAUGGGAUGCUACGUAAAAGAGACAGACACGUGUACGUGUCGUUGUUUUUGUGCGAUCGAUCCAUCAGCUAUCUGGUGACCGACAUGAUGGAUGGGUCGCUUCACGAUCUGCUCCACCACAUCCGAUGCAGCGAUGGACAGCCCCUGUCAAUACCAGACGUGAAGUCGAUGGCCUGUCAGCUCGUCGAAGCACUCGCCGCGAUGCACCGACUGGGCCUCAUGCACAGAGACCUGGUGCGUAAGGGAGGCGACACCACAGCGAGACGAGUGGCCGCUUCGCCCAUGUCUCUCUCCCCCUCUGUCCCUUGCUUUGUGUGCUGUUGACACUUACAACAGAAGCCCCAGAACAUCCUUCUGAGGGACGAUCAGCUGCAGGUGGCCGACUUUGCGUCCUGUCGGGUUACGUCUUCCCGUCUGUACGAGACACUCGGUCGCCCGCUGCCAGAGCACUCGCCCGUGCCCCCGUUCUGCGAGCGGCCAACGGAUGACGACCAAGCGGGAGGAAACGUGACGCCGGGCGACCAGGUCACCACACUUUGGUGAGCAACAAGACCGACCGCCAUGAGCUGAGCGACUUUGUAUGACAAGCAGCACACACAUCCAUGUGUAUUGUGGGGAUUAUCAGGUAUCGUGCGCCAGAGGUGUUAGCGAGCGCGAUGGAAUACGACGAGAAGGGUAAGCAGCAUGUCAAUGAUGUCAUUUAAAGAAGAGGCAAGACAAGACAAGACAAGACACACACACACACACGCCUUUCUGCUUCCCCCUGUCCUCUCAGUCGACAUGUGGGCGGUGGGCUGCGUGCUGGCCGAGAUGCUGGGCGCACCACCCCUCUUCGCAUCGGCAGACCCAAAGCUGCUACGUAAGUCAACCAAUCCAAACGACCCAAGCAAGCAGCUCGACACACAUACAUGUACUCAUCCAUCCAUCCAUCCGCAUGUGUGUGUAUGCAGCUUUCAGCCAGCUGACGUGUAUCGCCAACCUGAUCGGGCCGCCGACUUCAGCAGAUCUGAGAUACUACGCCCAGAAUGUUUCCUGCGACCACGACGCCGCCCUGGACUGGUUCGAAAGACACUGUGUGUCGCCCGCCAAGCCCCAGAUGGCGCUGCACGAGGUGCUGCCUGCUGAUGCCGACCCCCAGGCCGUCGACCUCGUCAGAAGAUGCCUCACAUACAACCCACAUGAUAGAAUAUCGGUCAGCAAAGCAUCGCGUGUAUUACGAGGGGCGCGCCUUUCUCUGUAUGGUCUCUGUAUGUGUAUCCAUCCUCGUUCUGUUUGCCCUUGCAGUCGUCUGAGGCCCUCCGCCAUCCCUUCUUUGCUGACGUGCCGGAGACGUCGCGAAAUGGCAACGAGGUCAGUGAGUGAGUGAGUGGUGAGACAUGAUGUGUCGCACAUGACAUAGUCGACCACACACAGGUGCGGUGCCUCCUGCAGACGUCGCCUGGCCUCAAUCUGGAGAGCUUUGUGUUCGAGCUGACACUGGCGCCUGGCUGCACGGACCCACUGCCAGACCUCGAGAAGGCAUAUCUACUCAAACGUGUGUAGCGACACACACAGCAGCCGUCCAACCCACCCUGCACGAAGGCGCGUGCCAAUCCAAUCCAUUGGUGCAAUGCAUGCCUGUGCAUC